AUGAUCGAGAUUGCUGCGAGCGCUGGCGUUCCAUUUACGCCAGAUCCAGAUGUCAUGAGGGAUGAUGAGGUGGCUCAGGCAGAGAAGAUGCUCAUUGACUUCAAGCAAGCUGGUACCACUACUAAUGUCACCGAUCCAACACCACCAGUGAUACCGGGUGCUCCACCAGGAGGCAUUCCACCCCCUGCUCCUCCAAGUGACGGUGUAAACUACGGCUGGAACCUCCCACCAGGUGCACCAGGUGCACCACCACCACCUGGACAUUUCCCACCACCAAAUGUUCCACCUCCACCACCAGGAGAUGAUUAUGGAGGCAGCGGCGGAGGAAGUCACAUCUAUGAAGUCCCAAGCAACGCUCCACCAAGCUACGAUUACAGCACAGGACCUAAUGCUGGGUCAGCAAAGUUUUAA